AUGUCGUACCGUCGGGCAUGCAAGUCGUGCCAGAAAAAGUCGACGGCGGACCCGGUCUUGUCUGCAACGAGUCGGGAAGCGUGCGAAUGUGAAGGCAUGUAUCGGCUCAGCGACAGCCACUUGGACGAAAUCAUUUCGACGGGGGCGACACGGAUGACGAUAUUGCCCGACUUGGAUGCUGCUUUACCCGAGUCCACACCACCGCCGAGUUUAGCAGACAUGGAGCGGCACCUCGCGUUGCUCUACACAUCGCUGACGACCACCACGACUGCUGUGACUGCCACGUCUGCGCUCGUUGACCAUGUCAUCCAGCUUUUCUUCCCGGAGGGCAAAGUUAAUCCACGAGCGUUGGAGAGCACUGAAAGCCUCCCAAAAAUACUCGUCGCUUUGCUGCGGGGCAGAGCCACCUUGGACGAGUUUCUCCGACGAAAUGCCCACUCGAUUUUAGAUCAGAGCAAUCUAUCUCGAGCGUAUGAGCAGUGGCUCGCUCAAGUGUACCAUCAAGUGUGUAGGAUCACGCACGAAUCGCACGCCACGUCGUCGGUCUACUUUGAGUCGCUGGGGUCGAACGAGGAAACCCACGCGUCCGAGUCGAGUCGCAUCGGUGCAUCGUAUGCGCGGUCCAAGGGAUUUGAAGCCUUCGUUGCUCAGCUGCGGGAAGUUUACCUGGCUCAAAACUACUCGCGCCCCUCCAAGACGUUUUCGUCCGCAUUGAAUGGAACGUGGCGUUUGGACAUCCCAUCGCUGCGCAUCGUGUCGAGCGAGUUGGCCCCAAGCAUCUUGAGCGUUGUUCGAUGCCUGAGCAUGGGGCUUGGGUUUCAUGUGGUGCUCUCGUCGACGUCUCUCUUUGUGCGGUCCGAGCUAGCGCUGUUUACCACGAUCUGGUCGGAAUUUAUCCUGGACAACACACCGCGAAUUCUCCGCGUCUUUCCCAAUGGUGAAUCCACCAUGUCCAUGUGUGCCGACCUCCUAUACGGAGACUAUGUUGGGUCGCAUACGCCCCACAACGCAGGCGUUCGCCUCGAUUUGUAUUGCUGGCCCUUGCACGACAAUCCUCAUCGGUCCUGUUAUGCGAUUCGCAUGUUGUUUCAACCGACGGCUGGCCACGACCUCCACGGCCAAGUCGACGUGCAAGUCGCCCACAACGUGAGGAACCAAAACACGUGGAACAUGACGGCAGCCGAGCGCAUGGAGCUCGUACACCGACACUCGUUCUCUACCGUUCUCGUCGUGGUCGGUGGCUGGAAGCAGAGCGCUCCAAACGAUGUGGUGAAUGUAUGGGUCUAA